UGGCUAGGUAGCUGAGCAAGCAUUUCUCAACAGAAACUUAAAGCUUGGGGAUUGUUUUCCCUGUUUACAGUUAAAUAAUUUGACACACUAGCUUUGAAGAAGUACACUGCUAUCUAAUAACAAGCUACUUAUACACGCCGACCACAAACAGUACCAUUUUGCUGUUAAAACACGUUAGCAAACUGAGCUAGGUUAUUAGCUUGUGAGCUAACCUAGCUACAUAUUAUUUAGCACCGGCUUUCUCUCUGUCAUCGGAAGUUUACAUCCUGUUAUACCCUUUAGUUAAUACGACAGUCAGACAUUUCUAGUAGGCAUUUAAACUACUAUGAUAUUCAACUUACUAUUUUUCGCGUUCUGCGGUGAAAUCCAACGCUACUUUAAUAUCAUUGGUUGCUAACAAUUUGCGCUUGCUAGCUGUUUUUCCAGCACCUCCGAGACUCUUCUUCGGCGCUUACACCACCGAGACGACGGUGGCAGUGUGGUGCAUUUUACGAAACGUAGAAGAAGAACGUUCUUCCUCUCAUUCUGACAGAGAGAUGUUUAUGUUUUGACAGCAAGGAGAAGAUCUUCUGUUUUUUCAUUAAUUUCACGACAUCUAGAGGUUUUUUUAAUUUCGGAAAUGUUGUCAUUGAACUCUUUUCGGGUCGUGUGCUCAUCCCGGGCUUUACUGCACCCAAACUGGCUGCUGACAAACCGACAGUCUGCUUAUAAAACUGUUACAUGUUCAGCACAUUGCAUGUCCACCAACUUCCCCAGGAAGGACACAAGGCACAGCAGCAUGGACCUCAAAGCAAAGGGAAAUGAAAGGAUGGCCAUUUACUGCACUAAUCAUGUUAGUUCACCCAGGAAUUACUGUACAGGUCAAGUCAAACUGAACUGCUGGAACUGCAACCAGCCUCUUGACACAAGACCUGCAUUAUUCUGCAUGUCAUGCAAAGUCGUCCAGCCCCCAGAAGAAGGGGCAUCCUACUUCAAAAUAAUGGAUUGUGACUACACAUUCACACUGGACACAAAAAAACUGCAGAAAAGAUACUUGCAGCUCCAGCGGUCUCUACAUCCCGACAACUUCAGCCAGAAAGCUGUGAAAGAACAGGAGUAUUCAGAGAGCCACUCGGCUCUUGUGAACAAAGCGUACCAGACUCUGCUUAAGCCUUUGAGUCGAGGUCUUUAUAUGCUGGAGCUGGAGGGGAUGCGUAUAGAAGAGGGCACCGACUCCGGGGCGGAUUCAGAGUUUUUAAUGGAGCUGAUGGAGAUCAAUGAAGCUCUUGAUGAAGCACAGACUCCAGAGGAAGCCAAUAAGAUCGGCCAAGAUACAAAAGGGAAACUGGCAGCGUUGACGAAGGAGAUAGACGCUGCCCUUCUUAAAGGAGAGCUUCACGCUGCCAAAGCCCUGCUUGCCCAAAUGAAAUACUAUGCAAACAUCGAAGAGAAAGUGAAGGAAAAACUUUCUGAAUUCAUGUAAUUUCCUCCUAUUUAGUGUCACUUUAUUUAAUAUUUCUAGCUAUUCACAAAAAGUUUUAUACAGAGGCACAAAUUAUUGUACAUUUGUCUGUAUUUAAAUUUGUUGUUCAAGUUGAAUAAUAAAACUACUUGU